AUGAAAGUCCUACUAGAAUCACAAGAUUUGUGGACGAUUGUGGAAGAGGGUUACACAGAAGUCGCUUCCGGAGCACCAGAAAAUGAACAGAAUGUUUAUAAGGAGAAAGUUAAAAGGGACAAGAAGGCACUGCAUAUUAUGUUUCAGGUUGUAAACGAAACGGUAUUUGAACGUAUUGCAACAUGCAAGACAUCUAAAGAUGCGUGGGAAGUUCUGCACAAGGCUUACAGGGGCGAAAACAGGGUAAAAACGAAGAUUAUGUCAAUCGAACAACAAUCGUACAAUCAAUUACGUUUGAAUGAAGAACGAGUAGAAGAACAACGCAUAGUUGAGAAAAUUCUCAGAAGCCUGACUAGAAAAUACGAAUCAGUCGUGGUUGCCAUAGAGGAAUCCAAAGAUUUAAACACAAUUUCCACAGAGGAAUUACUUGGUAUUCUUCAAUCCCACGAAUUAAGACUAAAACAAUAUGAUGAUGCACCAGCGGAGCAGGCCUUUCAAGUUCAAGGCAAUAAUUAUGAUAGAUCUAGACAAUUCAGAAUAGAAAACUCAGGAAGAGGACGAGGUAAAGGGAGAGGAAGAUAUAAUGGAUCGAUUCGGUGUUAUAAUUGCCAAAGGUUAGGGCAUACGGCACGUUUCUGCAACAAGCGAGAAGAUAAUGAUCGAUCGAGUAAUGUUCUCCUGCACAAAGAUGAUACAGAAGACGAAAACGAUGAUACCAUGUUCAUGAUUUUUAAUGUAGAAGAAGUGAUUAAGAACGACUGCUGGUACCUGGAUAGUGGAUGCAAUAAUCACAUGACGGGCGACAAGAAUCUGUUCAUAAAACUGAACGAAUCAGAAAGAAGGGAAGUGAGAACUGGAGACGAUAAAUGGUUAGAAGUUUUAGGCUGUGGAGAUCUGAACAUCAGAAUUAAGGGACAUGAGAAACGUGUUCCAAAUGUAUUUUAUGUGGAGGGGUUAAAACAUAACCUGUUAAGUGUUGGACAGCUAGUUCAAAAGGGCUAUGACGUGAGAUUUAACGAUGAAGGAUGCACUAUUAACGACCCAUCUGGGUUUUGCAUCGGAACCGUUAAGAUGACUGGGAACAAAAUGUUCCCAUUGAAUCUGAAGCAUGAUAUAACCCCUUGA